AUGUACAAGAUGCAACUCUUGUCUUGCAUUGCACUAACUCUUGCACUCGUGGCAAACGGUGCACCUACUUCAAGCUCUACGGAGAACACAAAGAAACAAGUGAAGUCAUUGCUGCAGGAUUUACAGUUGCUUUUGAAGGAAAUUAAUAAUUACGAGAACCUCAAGCUCUUCAGGAUGCUCACAUUUAAAUUUUACAUGCCCAAGAAGGCUACAGAAUUGAAACAUCUUCAGUGUCUAGCAGAAGAACUCAAACCUCUGGAGGAUGUGCUAAAUGUUGCUCAAAGCAAAACCCAGAACUCGAUAGAUAUCAAGGAUUUAAUGGACAAUAUCAACAGAAUAGUUUUGGCACUAAAGGGAUCUGAAACAAGAUUCACAUGUGAAUAUGAUGAUGAGACAGUAACCGCUGUAGAAUUUCUGAAAAAAUGGAUUACCUUUUGUCAAAGCAUCUACUCAACAAUGACUUGA